UUCCUUUCGCGACGGGAGUCCUCAACGAGAAAUGAAUUAGAAAACUGGUCAAGAAUUGGCCUCAGUUCCGGGGACUCAUCUUCUUCCUUCUCCCUAUCUUGUUGGUGGUGUGGAGAUCCCAGCACCACAGUGGGGCAGGGGAGGGGACCAGUUAUCUCGGAGAAUGGGGAACGAACAAGUGGAGGUAGGAGGGUGGCAGAAAUAGCCACGUUUCUCUCGCCAAUUUUCAGCUCGUAGUCGAAAGACCCUUUUUGGGACCUGCUCUUUGAUGUGCACUCGAGAAGAAAGGUAGUGAAAGUCUCAGCAAGAGCGGUUAUAUCCAUCUCUCCGCCACUCUACUCUACUCUAGCAUGCUUUUUGCGAUGCGCGCGCAUGUGCUUUCGCACCAAACUCGCGCCAAAUUCUCUAGCAGGCACAUGACUCGCUCCACCAAUCAGAUUGUGACAAAUCAGCACGUUUGCAUCAUGCAAGUUUCGUCAUCCCCGGACCGACCGCGACCGAGCAGCAAAACAAAGAAGACUACAAAAGGCUGGAAGAUCGGUGGCUCCCUAGCCGUCCUCGGAGGCAGAUGUCCUGAAAUGGAGGCAUAGCAUAGAAGAAAGUAGCUAACAAAAAAACAAUGAAAACCCUCUGUGAAAAACCUCACCCUGUGGUCGAAUCAUGGAGGAUCAAGCUGAAAUGUACAAAUCCAAGGCCGGUGUCGCCGCUGCGGCUGCGCUGACGAAGCUAACUCCUGAACUACUCCUACUUUGUCUACGGCUCCUGGCCAAGAACGGCGCUGCGAGGAAAACACCGUGUGCGGUGGUUCAGCCGAGACCUCACGAUCUACCGCCGCAGCAAGCUGGCUCUCCGGACAGUGCUUGUUCACCGCUGAAGCGUCAUUCGGGGAGCCCUCCUCCGUCCUCGCUCGAACAAAAUCAACAGGUUCCACGCUACAGCGGGAGGAAGAGGAAGAGGGGAGAGAGUGAGGAGCUGACGGAUGAUCAGAAGAGGGAGAAAAGAAAACUGAUGAACAGGAUAGCAGCUCAGAACGCCAGAGACCGUAGGAAAAACUAUGUUGAGGACUUGGAAAGAAGAGUGGCAGAACUUGAAGCCAAGAAUGAGAGGCUCCAGCAGGAAAACCUGGCACUCAGACAGAAAACAGAUGUUAUGAAACAGGAACUGGAGAUUCAGCUUGUCCAGCAGCAGUCACACCACACCACCUCCACCUCCACCUCAGCCAAUAGUAGUAACGGCAGCUCACUCAAGUUGUCAGAGAGGACAUCCUCGGUAUCCGGGUCAGCAGUACCUUUCACUUCUCUGCAGCAGAAGCGGAUACUGGGGGAUCUCUUUGCUCGAGUCCUGGUGACAGUGAAUUUGAUUCUCUGUUUCACCUGCUGCAAGAUUACUCCUGGCAUGACAUCAUCGCAUCAGGUGGAUCAGCACUGGCCGCUGAUGUCGACAUUGGUUCCCAGUCACAUGACCUGGGCCAACCAGGGGGGACCAAUCAGGGGCCAAUUGUGGUGGGGGACCCACCAAUCCAACUGGAACCCGAUAGCCAUAUUCUGAACCCCAGCCCCCUACUGACCCCGCCCAUGUUCUCAUCAUCCAGUGACAGUUUUUCCGAUUCCGUUCCAUUUCCCCUCAUACCAGAGUCUACUGCCACCUCCCCUGUUAUUAUUGACUCUGCCCCUGUUAAUGAUUGUCUCGUAGCCAACUUCUCAGACAUGACAGAUUCAGAGCUGGAAAAGAUGCUGUCUCCCUUCUCCGUUGGAAGUGAUUCAAGCUUUGAUCCAGACUAUUUUGACCUUGAAUCGUUCAUGGCUGCUUGAACAUUAUACAUAAUAAUAUCACAAGACUGUUCAUUUCCCAAUUUUUUGUUUUUCAUUAACCGUGCUUUUGUAUUAUCAUU